AUGUCCGCCCCGAUAUCGACCAAGCUCCACGGUGAGACGGGGGACAUCGGGACCAAGGACGAAGAGGUCUUCCGCGCGCUCGGCCAACCGCCAAUACUGGACGAUGUCGACAUCGGCGAACCCCCUGAUGGCGGGUCCCAGGCCUGGACCAAUGUCUGCUGCUCAUGUUUGCUCAUGUUCACCGUCUUUGGCUUUCAGAACGGUCUUGGCCAGCUCCAGACUUAUUACAGCGAGCACCAGCUAGCAGCCUACUCGACGUCGGCCAUAUCCUGGAUCCCAGCGAUCCAUUCGUUCCUGACAUACAUCGGUUCCCUAUUCGCAGGGCGGUACUUUGACUCGCACGGACUGACGCUACUGCUGCGUACUGGAUCGAGCAUGAUUGUCAUAUCGCUCGUUGCCCUUGCAUUCUGUCAAGAGUACUAUCAGAUCAUGCUGGCUCAUUGCAUGUACGGACUCGGCGCUACCAUGCUGUAUACACCGGGUAUCUCGGUGACGAGUCACUGGUUCAAAAAGCGGCGGAGCUCGGCCAUGGGGCUGGUCAUUUGCGGCGCGGGCCUAGGUGGAGUGCUGUAUCCCAUCAUGUUCAGAGAGCUGUUCGCGCGACUCAGCUUCCGGAACACUUGCCUGAUCGUUGCCGCUAUAAAUGCUGCCCUCCUCGCCCCCACCCUCUUCUUCAUGAAGACCAGACUACCGCCUCGAUCACUCCGGUCUUUACGCCAAGUCGCUACGGCCUUCAAGGAAGUCCGGUAUUUGUGCUUCUUCAUCGGCCUGUUCAUCGUAAUGAUCAACCUCUUCGUCCCGUUCUUCUUCGCUCCCACCCUAGCCACGUCCAACGGUCUCCCCGCCCCCCUCCCCUCAUACUCCAUCGCCAUUCUCCAAACCGGCGCCUUCUUCGGCCGUGUCGCCUGCGGCUAUCUCGCAGACUGGCUAGGCAUCUGGCGGGUAUUCACAACAUGCGGCGUCGGAUCGGCUAUCAUUGUCCUGGCCCUCUGGAUACCCAAGCUCAAUACGGGCGGGACGAUCUUUGCGCUCUUAUCCUUCGGCGCGGUCGGCGCGGCGUGGGUCGCCCUGGCCUCGGCAUCAUGUGCAUCCAUCAGCAAGCCGGAGGAAAUCGGAGGACGGUUGGGAAUGAUGUGGAGCUUGGGGGCGUUCGCUAUUUUGGCUGGUCCGCCCAUUGCGGGAGAGCUGGUCAAGAUGGACAACGGCGGAUUCACAUCGGCGGGUAUCUUUUGCGGGGCGAGUUAUCUCUUGGGGAGUUUCAUCAUUGUCUUGCCGACUAUCUUGGGUCGCUUCGGAUACAGUAGAGAUUAUAUAGGUAGAUAA